AAAACAAAAACAACUUCAUCCCGCCGACCAAUGAGACGCGAGCGGCGGGGCGGAGCGUUUGACCCGCGAGUGAAACGGCAGCACCGCGACCUCGCUUUCCCUUGCCAGUACCGCACGCACGCGCUCCACCGUUGCAUGGAUUACGGCGUUUCCCUGCAGCUUCAGCACGAGCCCGCCGAGCCCCCGACGCGUUUACCGCGAGACUACACUCUGCAGCUACAGAUGAAGUCAACGGAAGUGGAGCAGGGCCUUUUCACGGACACCUACUGCAAAGUGUGCAGCGCACAGCUCAUCUCCGAGUCUCAGAGAGUGGCACACUACGAGAGCCGAAAACAUGCGAACAAAGUGCGUCUGUACUACAUGCUGCACCCGGUGGACGGAGGCUGCCCGGCCAAGAAACUACGGACACACAACGGCAGCGAGGAAGGAGACGUGGAUAAGAAUAAGUGCUGCACGCUGUGUAACAUGUCCUUCACCUCAGCCGUGGUUGCGCAGUCGCACUAUCAGGGCAAGAUCCACGCUAAGAGAAUCAAACUAGUGCUGGGAGAGCAGCCCGGCAUCACGGGAAAAGAGGUGGCACCCAGUCCAGUUAAAAUGCCGUCUGAAACCUGGCCACAGCUGAAUGGGGACUCGGAUCGCUACUGCCAGCUGUGCCAUGCGUGGUUCAACAACCCGGGCAUGGCGCGGCAACACUACGAUGGCAAGAAGCACAAGAAGAACGCGGCACGCGCCGACCUGCUGGAGCAGUUGGGCAAGACGCUGGACAUGGGCGAAAUGAAAGGUCUGAAGCGCAGCUACACCUGCGACGUGUGCAGCGUGACGCUCAACUCGGUGGCACAAUACCACGCACACCUGCAUGGCUCCAAACACCAAAACAACUUAAAGAAUCAGUUAUGUGUCCAGUAAGGCCAUGCAGGAAGCUAACUGUCAGAUUGAUUGAUGUCACACGGGCUCUGAUCAGCCCGACCUGAAAUCUCUGCCUCUUCCCUCUCUCUGUUCCUUUCUCCAUUUCUGCACCUUGUUGUCAUCAUCUCUCCGUCCCAACCAGGAAGACCAAACAAAAUAUUUUUUUUAGACUUUCAUUUAAGCCCACCGCUGACGUCAUACUUUACGUCCCAUCGUCCUGAUUUUGAAAACGCAUAGACUGUAUUGUUCACGUCAUGUUCGUGGGAUUAUUUACAGCUCAACGGGAACCGUAUCUUGUCUCGUCUUUGUACGUUUGUGGGUGGAACGAGUUCGACUCGCAUUGCGUUCGGUCAGCCAGGUGUUGCAUGCGUGAGCGAAUUUUUUUUGAUUUUCGAUUUUCAACCCAGCGAAGCAAUAUGUAUGGAAAAUCUGCCAAAUGUAUCAUGGAGUAAAUGGAUUCUGAUUUAAUAGCAACACUGAAAGAGAAAAAUGACAAAUAGUACUUUAAGGUCAGAUGUACGUGCAUCUCACAUUCUACAACAAGGGCAUUGUGGGUAAUCUGAUAGGAGAUAUGGCCAUAUCAUCAGGGUUUGAAAUACAAAGAUCUCACCAGGUCUUUAAUUAAAUGCUUAAUUUAAUUAAAUUAGCUUUAAUUAAAGGGUUUUAAUUGACAACUCGUUUGCACAAUGUUCCUCCUCUUACCCAAAAUAUAGUGGAUCAGCCGAUACAUUUGGUGUCGGACAUUUGCGUAUUUUUUUUUUUUUUCCGUUUUGUCCUGGGUCUGUGAGGCUAACGAGUAUGAAAAGCUUCAAGCCUCCAGUUUAGCACUGUUUACCUGCAUACCUAAGCAAAGUUCAGACAUCAAAACAUGUUAAUCAACUAUAUUUGGGCUAAUGAGGAAACUUGUGUAAAUUUUGUAAAUUCGGUCUAGUUUUAAAAGUAUUGUGACUGUGUGUUCUUUUUAAUAUUACAGAAAAAUAUAUAUGUUCAUUUUCUUUUAAUAUAUACAGUAUAUGCUACAUUUUUAAGUGUGACUUAAAUUCUUAUAGGUAUCAAUAUUAGGGAGAAUUACACUAGAAACUGCAUUGUCAUUUUUUUUAAAUGAAUGAAUUAGAUUAUUUAUUAUUAGGGGAAAAAAAAUAGUAUUUAUUUUUAUUGUCAUAAAUGACAUUGUGUAUGUCUGAAAGUCGUUUUAUGUUGGUUAUGUGUCUGGAUAUUUGUUCUUUUUUUAAUCUGAUGUUUAUUUUACUAUAAACAAUGGAUGCAUUAUAUAAUAUUGAGAGUGAUUUGAGUUUUUGAAGGAAAAUUUUAGAAAAACAAAUUACACGAAUUUGUCAGCAUGUUUAACCGUAAGGUGACGCAUUGUGCUAGCAGGAUUGUUGCACUGGAGCUAUGAAGCUAAUGUAGCUAGCCCAAAAACUUCGGUAAAUUCGCAAAUGACAUUGUGAAGCUUUGAAAUCCAGCUUUCCGGUAUGAUUCCAUCUUCGAAACUUUGGUACACUUUUGGAAUUGUGCUAAGGAGAAACGUGAUUCUGGUAAUCCGAGAUGGCCGCACGUUCACACUCAACGACGUGAAGUCUCAGUGUGUCCUAAACCACUUUAGCAAGUCUAAAGGACUGGAUGUGUUUGCGGGGAGAUGUUUACAGGAAAGAUUUUGGGUGAGACUUCCAUUACUUGUUAGCUACAUUCACAUAUAGCUCCAGUGAAACCAAAAAAGCUAAUGUCGAACACCAAACCUGACCUGGCUGAUUAAUUACAAGCUGUAAAGCAAAAUGUGUCAAUUUGAUUGUUUACUGAACUGUUCCUUUAA